AUGAAAGUCAGAAAGUCCAAGAUAAUUUCAACUAGUCACAAAAGAAUAAGCUCAAGUUAUGCUAUUCUCCAUAAUAAACAGAGAGAUUAUAAGACUAAAUUUCAAAAUCCUCCAGAGGAGUUGCUUAACCUCCAAAAGAAAUCCAUCUCUUUAAAGGAUGGACUCAAAGAGAGUGAUAUAAGACAUAAUGAGCAUUUCUUUACCAUUGGUGGUGAGGUAAAGAAAAACAAUUUAAGCGAUACGCUUAAGUACUCAAGAGUGAUUCCUAAAAUCUCACCAAUCAAAACCUCAAAAGCAGCAGACAUUAGAGCUAAAUUCAUCCAUACCACUGAAAGUGAACCGUUAUUUCAUAAAUUUGUGAACGAAACUAACUCUAUCAGUCUCGAGAAGAAAAAAUAUAUAAAAUUGUCAAGCUCAAAGCCUCCAGUGUACAAAUAGGAUCAAUAGGCUAUGAAAUAGGCAAGCUAAAAUACAAGAAAAAUAAUCAUCCACGGACGGCGCUUAAGAAUUCUAAUGACCUAAAAGGAAACAAAUCGGAAAGUUGCUCUCAAGACUUAAAAGAUAAACUGAUCGAUAUUUAUGCCAAAGAGUCUCAUUUGAGUAAAAUAUCUUCGAAGAAUCUACUAUUCUUCAAUCUUUUUGGAACUUCAGAGUUGUCCAGACAGAAAUUAAAGACACUUCAUUUCUAUAUUUCCCGAGAUCUAUGCCCGAAGAAGGCAAAAAUGCAACAAGAGGUUGACUUGCCAGACAAAAAGGAUGAAGAGAAAUAAAGUUUAUUGAUUAAAAACUCGUUCUCAUAUCAAACUCAAAAAGAAUAAAAAUAAAAUAAAAAGAGUUUGGCUUGACAAGAAGACUUUAGAUAAAACAAAGCAAAUACUCUCUGUUGAUAACAUUGAUGAUGGAGUGAGCGAGAUAGUCCAAUUGACUCCUUUGGGAAAAGACUACAAUACAAUUGACAACAGAAGAUUCUCCUUGAAUACCACUCCUAUAAAAUUGAACAGCAAGAAUAUGCUGAAAAAGAAAAUAGAAAUUGUAAAGUUUAUCAAAAGAUCAGCAGUUCAUCCUAAAAUCGCUGUUCAGAACAAAAAGAUAACUCAUGAACACCCUGGCAUAAAUAAAGAGACAAAACUUAGAAUAAACUCAUGAGAACCAGUGAGGAAUACUCUUGAAGUAAACCAAAAAGCAACCCAAAUGACUUUACAAAAGCAAUCGAUUAAAAAGAACAAUGACUCUCAAUCGCUUAGAAUACAAAAUAUGAUUAAAACAAUGCUGCUAGCUCUCAAAUUAAAAUGCUCUAAAAGACUUUCUUCUCUUAGCAAAACAGUAACAAGUCAUAAGUCUGAAAAGGUCAUUAGUAGGAGCACCAAACCGAAAUUUAUUGUGAUGAAAGGUGCUAGAAGGAUACAAAAUAACAAAGACUUGAUUAUCUAGCUCAUGGUCACCAAAACAGCCAAUUUAAAGUUAGG